GUGUGUUAACACACUGUUAUCGUAUAUACUACUGUAUAUAAAAAUGAACAUAUGAAUUUUACAGACUUUUUCCAUAUGGGUGCAAGGUCUUGGAAUCAUGGAGAACUGCAGGUGUUUGUUCCAAGCAGAUAAAUAGCCAUUGUAAUUGUGUUGCCUUCAGAGUGAAAACUCCACACAUGUGCACUGAAAACUGCAGACAGCGGUGUCCUUUUGCGAAGCCAGUGUGGCUGCUCCCCCGUUUGCCCUCAGACAUGUACAGUGACUCAGCUAUUUUGAGAUACUGACAAGGCUGACUUUACGUAUUUACACCACAGAAGCAGCCACUGAUAUUUCACUUAAAACAAAAAAAAAACAAUGUAGUGAUGUAAUAAUAAUAAUAAUAAUGUUAUACUGUACUUUGAGGUCAGGGUGAGAGUCACGAGUCUGAUGGCAGACUUGAAAUCAUUUGUACUGUAUAUAACCUAAUCACAGUGUAUGUGCGCUGCUUGUGAGGUGUGGUGGGUCAGUUGGCUAGGGGAUUGGGAGACUCCAUUGAGGAAGGAUUGAGUGAGCCAGUGAGGUUGCGUAACAGUAAAUGGCGAGGCCAAGCAACGCAAACCUCAAACUAAUGCUCAGCUCAGAUUGUUGAGACGCUACAAUGGAAAUAGUUCAGGCUUUGGCAGCUUCGAUGAUUUUUUAGAAACCUCUUUUUCUUAUGUCAGUACUACUGCUGCUUUCACUCAUUUUGCGAUAAGCGUGACUAUACUGUAGGUAUUUAAGUACCGUAGUGUUUUCAUUUGUAUUGGCAUUACUUGCUUUCUUGCUAUUUUAUGACAGUUUUACGGUUUUGAUGGGGUGGGGGGUGGGGGGUGGGGAUUUUGUUUCUCCUUUUUUUGCUAUAUUGUGGUGUGGUCCGAGGUCAGGGUGGUUGUGAACAGGGGCCUGUCUCCUACACUGAGUGGAGACAGAUACCCAUUAGAAGCCUUAAAGAAAAAACUCCUUCACUUAUUUAUGAGGCUCCUUCUGGUACCAUGUGGUGGCUUUUCUACAACAGGUUUUUUCUGUCUCUUUGGAAUUAAAACAAUGUAUCUUUCAGUGAUUUCCAAGGACGUCUUCAGAAAAGCUCAAAAGACCAAGGCAAAUAGAGAAACCAACUCCACAUACUGUAUCUAUCAGUGCUGUGAUCUACAGAGCAGACAGUCUGUUGGGUCUAAUUGGCCAUGUUUGCUGCCUACCCUGAUCUGGAGUAGAUACACACCAGAUUAAAGGUAUAGUCCACGAAUCUACUCCCAUACACUUUUUAUUUUCAAUUUGAAUUGUUCCUCAUGGCCCUCUAGCUGUCCGUUCAGUGUUUGAAAAAAAAAAAAAAACAUUGGUGUUUGUAGCCAGUCCUGGCUCUGUAAAUGGGGAACAAACACUGGCUUGGACUGAGCCAUAAACAAUCAUCCCGGCCAAUCAGCACACGUGCUUCAGGAGCACGGAAGGGAGGACUGUAACUUGAUUAGCUGUUGAGCACAAAUAUCAACAACUUUUUUUCUCUUAAAAACCACAGCUAGGCCAGAACUGUUCUGGAGUCCACUUUUCUUGACGUUCUAGACUUCUAGAGUUCUACAGUCCACUUUUCUCCACGUUCUAGACUUCUAGAGCUCACUGUUCUCUGUUUUGCCGUGUUUCUAGUUCACCUAAAACCCCAUCAGGGCCACAAGGAGCUGCGGCGGGGGCCUAACAUCAUGAUCUCAACAGAGGCUUUGUGCCAUACUGUACUGUAGGCCUGUGCGCCAGUGGGACUGCCCUGGGAUGUUUCUGAGCACACUGCUGCCUCUGUUAUGUCACAUAAAGUCCCUUUAGUGCUACUCCGAGGGAAUUCAAAUGGCCAGAGCAAAAAAAACUUGUGUCGUAGGAUUUUGGUUUGGAAAUGGAGUGCCUGUAAAUGUUAACUCACACAGGGAGAUACUAUAGUGCUGAUGACAAUAGAAAAACACCACAACCCCUCUUUAAUGCACUGAACACAGGACAGAAGCAUCGUUUGAACUACUGAUGUCAAUUGAAGAGUGCACUGUGGUGCUUUAAGUCACAGGGCACAUCCUUCAGUUACAUCUCUGGGAAACCCAUGUACAUUCGUCCUUUGAGAAUAACUGUCUGAAGCAAUAAAGUCAUGCCUGGUAUGCUUUCUGGCCAAGCUCUGUUGUUUUUGAGCCCACCUGAGGUGAUAGCUGCUAUGUGCUAACUGCUUUCAUCUUUCACACUCCCAUUUCCCAAUCCUGCUGUGCAGUGUGUGUGUGUGUGUGUGUUUCUGUCAGUGUGUGUGCGUGUGUGUGUGUUUCUGUCAGUGUGUAUGUGUGUUUGAGUGAAUACUCCCAAAUUUGCAGCGCUUGUGUCCAAGUAUGGGAUUUACAGGGUGUUUUUUUCCGCGCAGAUGGAAGCACUGAGAUAUGAAAAGUGCUGGAAGAUGAAUGAGUCCUGUGGUAUGAAUUGGAUCAACUGGAAGGGAAUCUCCCCAUCCAUUCAGCUUUAUGGAGAGAAAGAAUGGGAAGUAUUAGUGUCAAAGGGAGACUCUCACCACUUGCUGUUUUUUCCCUCUCGCUCUAUCUCUCUAUCUCUCUCACCCCCCUUGAGUUGGACAGUGGGGCAUGAGAUUUGAGCGGAAUGCUUAUAUUUAACGGUGCUGAGGCUGGACUCAAGAGAGAGAGAGAGAGAUUGUUGUGUGAAGCUUUGCAUCAUAUUUUCCUAAUGGAACAGUCUGCAUGGUCGUGGCCGAAGAAGGAUACUCCUGAUUGCUCUUGGGAUUAUAGACCACAGACACACACAUACACACUCUCUCUCUCUCUCUUUCUCUCUCUCACACACGCUCUUCCACACACACAUGCUCACUCAUAAACAUGUUCUGGCCAGAGUUCCCAGCAGAAGCAGAGGUCUGAGCUGAGCUCCAUCCAUUCCCAUGCUUCUCGCUGUGGUGGCAACAUCUGGACCACAUCUGUUUGCCCAGGAUUUAGCUCCACUUAAGUUGCUUUUCCUGUUCGCUGUGCUCGCACUUGAUGCUAGUGUAAGCUUACACUCAUGCCACCAGUUGAGUGUGUGUGUGUGUGUGUGUGUGUGUGUGUGUGUGUGUGUGUGUGUGUGUGUGUGUGUGUGUGUGUGCAGCAUGUAGCCAGGACGAGUCACAAAAGACUUUGAACAAAGGAUUGGUGCAAUUCAUACUCCUUCUAAAAACAGCAGAUUUGUUUUUCUUUUGUGGUAUGGAAUGUCCAUUUGCAAUGGGAGAGAGAAAAAGCAAACCAACUUUAUCAUGUCCUCUAUGUCCUAUAAGUUAUGAUGAAUGAAGUGGAAUAGAGUUGCAACUAUUUCAACAUACAAUCAAGUUAUGAUGACUAAAUGUCAGAAGACAACCACUCACACAUGCUUGCUUUAUACCAACAUUUGUCUUAUUCACUUCUUCUCUGCAUUUUUUUCACAGAAAGUAUUUUUGUUUGAUAUUGUCUUUGAACAGUUUCACAGUUUUGAUCCUGAGUCAUGCAGUGGUCUUAGAACUCGAGUACACUUAAGUUUGGUUGGGAUAAAUCUUAUAGAUGUCUUCCACAGUAACAAAUGCCAACUCAUUAAAUGAGAGAUUUGUUGGAUUGUUGUUUUUUUCUGUCGAUUUAUUGAUAGCCUACAGGCAACCUCACACCUAAUUAACACAAUAAUCAGGUUCUCACCUUAUCAUUAUGUGUAUUGUUCCAGACGAAAUUAGUUUGGGAUGGGAGGCCUAUUUUGUUGAAUAUAAUAAUGUUUGGCCGGUGGCUUUCGCUUAUCUUAUUCUAUUAAUGUUUAUUUUUCUUUCUCUCUGCAUUACUGUAAGCAACCACCAGAGGAUACUGUACCAUACAUUCAGUCAUGGCGGUCAAGCCAAUCUAUGAAAAAACUAGUUCGCUUCAUUCGAUGUAUAAUUCUGCGUUGAAACCUAUUGAUUGUGUUUAACCUGUUUUCUUAACCCAUUGGAAACAUUUCGGCAACUGUAGGUAGUGGUUUUGGCAGCCUGCAUGAACCACACGUUUGGGUCUUGCAGAUUACACCACAGUCGACCUCUUUUGCGAGAAAUGUGUUGAUCAGAUGAAAUUCACUUGUGGUCGUAAAAUAUCUGGGGUUGUUAAAGUAGGCCUUAAAGUAGCCCCGUUAAAGCGGAAGUGGUGUUGCCUACUGUGAAAAGGGGUGUAACUUUUGGAAAAGAUACUCGAGCGACAUGGACCUAUAUUAUGUCAUUUUUUCCACUUGAAACAGUACCCAAAUGCAAGUAAAACGUUAUUUCCAUUCACCUUACAAAGCAAAAUAAUUGUAAAACCGUCAAAGUAUAAAUGAUACAGAAGAAUGCCUCGUCUUACUGGUGUUCUCUCUGAUCAAUUGAUUCCGAUGAAAUAAGUGCGCAUGCCUGUGGAUGGCCUGUGUCAUAUUCGUUACUCGACUAAAUGACAAGUAGCCUAAUUAGCUUACUGAGAGACAUCUGGAAACAAACCCCGGCAUUCACACAUCUGUUCAAAACACAUUUCAACAUCUUACCUAUUACAAUAUACACAAAUCUCAUGCAUUGUAAUGACACGCAGCUUACCAUUUUGUCGCCUUAAAUAUCGUAACCUAAUACUAUUUGUCUUCAAGUGUAAGGAAAUGAUCUGCGCAGUAUUUUCCGAAGAACAUUACGCUUUCAACCCGCAAACAAGCACAUUGCAAGUGGUGUGGACACAGCGUAAAAUAUAUCCACAACUCCCCGAAUCCUCCAAAUACUGACAGGUGAAGCAUCAAAACGCCUAGAUUUAUGUCAUGUUUAAUGGAAUUCUAUGAGAAAGCUUCUUCUAGUGCAUAUGACGUCAUUUUGGAGAAAGGGGGCUUCCAACGAACGCGUUUUGGGGUGCGAAAGGGGAGUAAAUGGACUUAGUCACUAUGUCUGUGGAUGAACGGGUGCCAUCGAAGGCAUUGCAACUUCAAGGAGCAGGAGGGGUUCGUCAACUAUCUGAGAUCAUUCAUUAUCGACAUGAGCGAACUUAGGGAAGGGAUAGACUCUUUCUGCUGCGGAUGCAACAUUCCCUUCACAGGAUUACACUACAUCGGCAACUGAGUGCGUAAAUUGCGCAUUUGUAGUUAGGGUCUUGGAAGAAAGGAGUAGCAGUGGACCACUUUUCUACGCUUUCAUUUUUCACCAAUGUCUCAUCCAAGCUGGCAUUCUCCUCAUUUCAAUAUGUCUACUCAAUUUUUGCUCGUCUUCUUACUUCUCUCCGUGUUCCGUGCAUGUUCUCAAAGAAUUGAAGCCGAGGACGAAUAUGAUGAUGACAUGACAGUGAACCAAAUGCUGGCCCCAAAAAGUCACCAGACAGAUGCGACGCAGAUAUUGAACAACUUACUGAAAGAAUAUGAUAAAAAACUUCGACCCGACAUUGGAGUUAAACCUACACUGAUUGAUGUUGACAUCUAUGUGAACAGCAUCGGGCCGGUGUCCUCGAUAAACAUGGAGUACCAAAUCGACAUCAUUUUCGCUCAGACAUGGACAGACAGCCGACUUAGAUACAAUAGCACAAUGAAAAUAUUGACUCUGAACAGCAACAUGGUUGGUCUUAUUUGGCUGCCUGACACCAUAUUCAGGAACUCAAAGAAUGCAGACUCACACUGGAUUACCACACCAAAUCAGCUGCUGAGAAUAUGGAACGACGGAAAGAUUCUCUACACACUAAGGCUCACCAUCAAUGCCGAAUGCCAGCUUCAGCUGCACAACUUUCCCAUGGAUGCCCAUUCCUGCCCACUCAUCUUCUCCAGCUAUGGAUACCCACGGGAUGAGUUGAUUUACAAAUGGAAGAAGAACUCGAUUGAAGCCUCCGACCAGAAGUCCUGGCGACUCUAUCAGUUUGACUUCAUGGGUUUGCGGAACACGACGGACAUCUUGAAAACCACAUCAGGUGAUUAUGUGGUGAUGACGGUGUAUUUCGACCUGGCCCGGCGGAUGGGCUACUUCACCAUUCAGACCUACAUCCCCUGCAUCCUCACCGUCGUCCUCUCCUGGGUGUCCUUUUGGAUCAAGAAAGAAUCGACGCCAGCCAGAACCACAUUAGGAAUCACCACUGUGUUGACAAUGACCACACUGAGUACAGUGGCUAGGAACUCGUUACCGAGAGUCUCCUACGUCACCGCCAUGGACCUGUUUGUCACCGUCUGCUUCCUGUUUGUGUUCGCGGCGAUGAUGGAGUACGCCGCACUCAACUACUACUCCUACUGCGUGAAACCUCUCUGCAGCAAGACUAAGAGAUCGAACUACUCGGUGCUGGAUAUGGGACCACCACCCACUGUCAUCACCCUGAACAACGCCAUGUACUGGCAGGAGUUCGACGACGCCUGCAUGUACGAAUGCCUGGACGGCAAGGAUUGCCAGAGCUUCUUCUGCUGCUUCGAGGAGUGUAAGGACGGUGCAUGGCGGAAGGGCCGCGUGCACCUAGACAUCCUUGAACUGGACUCCUACUCGCGGGUGUUCUUCCCCACCUCCUUCCUCCUCUUCAACAUCGUCUACUGGGUGGGCUACCUCUACCUUUAGCGACACCAUGUGGACAGGAGGACUCACGGCUCACUAUGGGACUCUGUGGCAGUGAAAGACCAGAAUGGGCAGGAACUUUUUCGCCCACCUUACGAACCAAGCCGUGCUGGUUCCUCUUUAAAAGAGCCUCAGUCAGGGGACCAGUCGGCGGCCAUUUUGAGGCAGGGUGUGUGACCUUGACGUAGAAACAGUGCCAUAAUGAAUUUACUCGAAUUCCCUCGGAGCCCUUAAGACGCUGAGACAACAGGCUGAUCUUCUGUGGUCAGAGACAGUGCUGGCCACUGGCCCAUUGCCUGGCGGUGUUCUCCGCCAGCGAUCUCUGCCUUUGUUCUUCAGGUUACUGGAAGCAAACACACAUACAUACACGACGUAUUUUAUUUACACAAACAGGCAAGCUGUUUGUUAUUGGGUUUUUUGUUUGUUUGUUUGUUUGUUUGUUUUGGAGGGGGAUGGAGAUGGGGGUGUCCUCUCUUGGAGGGGGAUGAAGGUCAAGUUGCUAAUACUUAGAGAAAUUGUUUUGUUUUGUUUUGAUGCAGUAUAUGUCUCUGACCCUUCAUACAUCAGUACAAUAUCAGUGGGUUGGUGCUGUUGAAAUUGGGAAGCCUGUCCUCCAGCCAUCAGUCAAAACCAAGGGGGGUUGGUCUUGCAAACGGACUUUCAGAUAAUACAAAAAUCAUCCUCAGUGCCUUCUUCAGGAGGGAGUACAGAUCAGCCUGCAUGGAGAACAAGGGACGCAUGUUAGGAAGCAGUCUGGUUUUGACUGAGCGCUGACGGACGGCUCACCCGUCAGGGUCUCGUGGUGGUUGUCCCCAACACUUCAAUCUAUUAGUGCACAACUCCAUUGCCAAGUUUGUUUUAGGGAACAAUCCUAGUUCACAUUACUGCAUGCAGUGUGACCAUAUUUAUCCAAAAACAACCCUGAAAGUUCAUAAUAAUUCUCAUAAAAAUGUGUUUCUUUUUGGAACAUGUGCAAGUAUGUAGAUUAUAAAGCUUCUCCUAUAUUUAUAGAUUUCUAGCAUAAUUUUACACAAAAGAAUAGCUAAAUCAAA